AUGGCCAAGAUGGGCAAAAAGGCAGUUCACUUUGGCGCUGGCAACAUCGGCCGCGGCUUUGUCGCCUGCUUCCUCCACAACUCCGGCUAUGAAGUCGUCUUCGCCGAUGUCAACGGCGACCUCAUCGACAAGAUCAACGCCACGCCCUCGUACAGAGUCAUCGAGGUCGGCGCCGAGGGCACCUCUGAAAACACAAUCACAAACUACCGCGCCAUCAACUCCCGGACCCACGAGGAGGAUCUGAUCGAGGAGAUCCGCACUGCCGACGUCGUCACCUGCUCUGUUGGCCCCAACAUCCUCAAGUUCAUCGCCCCCGUCAUUGCCAAGGGCAUCGACGCCCGCGCCGACGGCCCGGAGCAGAGUCCCCUGCAUGUCAUUGCCUGCGAGAACGCCAUCGGCGCCACAGACACACUCGCCGGCCACAUCAAGGACGCCCGAAACACCAACUCGGAGCGUCUGGAGUCUCACCACCUCCGUGCUCGCUAUGCCAACUCCGCCAUCGACCGCAUCGUGCCCGCCCAGGACCCCAACGCCGGCCUGGACGUGACGCUCGAGAAGUUCUUCGAGUGGGUGGUCGACAAGACGCCCUUUGAGGACGUCGGCGUCCCCUCCAUCGACGGCAUCAACUGGGUCGACAACCUGGAGCCCUUUAUCGAGCGCAAGCUCUACACCGUCAACACCGGCCACGCCACCGCCGCCUACCACGGCUACAACCGCCGCAAGCGCACCGUCUUCGACGCCCUGCAGGACAAGCAGAUCAUGGCCGAGGUGCGCGGCGCCCUGACCGAGACCAAGAACCUGCUCGUCGCCAAGCACGGCAUCGACGAGGACGCCCAGAUUGCCUACAUGAACAAGAUCAUCAAGCGCAUCGGCAACCCCCACCUGGAAGACGCCGUCGAGCGAGUCGGCCGUGCUCCCCUGCGAAAGCUGUCCCGCAAGGAGCGCUUCAUCGGCCCUGCCGCCGAGGCUGCCGAGAACAACAUGCCCAUCGACUAUCUCCUCGACGCCAUUGAGAUGACCUUCCGUUUCCAGGACGUCGAGGGCGACGACGAGUCCAAGGAGCUUUCGACCAUCAUGUCCGAGAACACCCCCGAGGACGUUGUCGCAAAGGUCUGCGGCAUCCAGGCCACAGAGAAGAUCUACCCCCGCCUGGUCGCAGUUGUCAAGCGCGUCCAGGACGACAGCCGCGAGGAUUGA